AUGGCUGAAGAUGAAGUUUUCAAUGUUGAAAUUGAGAAAAUCUCGCCACGUCUCAACUGGACGGAGUGUAUGGGGAACGAGACCGUAGAGAACGGGAGUGAGUGUGUGUUGGUGAGGGGAAUCGCCCAGGUCUCUGUAAGGGAUGAAUCUCUGGCCAGCGUGGAGGUGACAGUGCUGGCCCUGUUGCUGGUGCUCAUCUUGGUGUCCAACAGCCUGGUGCUGGCCGCCCUCAUCAGGUCCUCCUUCAUGCGGCCCAUGUCCCGCACCUAUUUCUUCAUGAUGCACAUCUGCCUCGCCGACCUCAUGGUUGGGCUCUUCAACGUGCUGUCUCAGCUGGCCUGGGAGCUAACCUACUACUUCCGCGGCCCCAACUGGCUCUGCAAAAGUGUCAAAUUCAUGCAGGUGAUGCCUUUGUACUUGUCACCGCUGCUGCUUACCUGUCUGGCCCUGGACAGGUAUCGGGCCAUCUCGUGGCGGUCGGGAAGCAGCCUGUGGUCGUCGCCGCAGAUGGUACGUGUGGUGUGGGUCGUGUCAGCCAUCCUGGCACUGCCCCAGGCCUUUGUGUUCUCCAGGAAAAGGUUGGAGUCUGGUGAAUUUAACUGCUGGGCAGACUUUCACGACGCGUGGGGCAUCAAGGCCUACGUGGUGUACUUCGUGUGUGCGGCCUUCUUCGGCCCCAUGCUGGUGACUGUGUACUGCUACACCUGCAUCACGAUGAAGGUGUGGCGGUACUCUCGGUACAGACGAGGCUACGUGCCCCUCAGGAUCAUGAUGCUCCGCAAGCUGUGUUGUGUGGAUGACGACACCUCCUGCGAACCUUCUGAUGGAUGGGGUCCGUCGACUGUGUCAGCAGGGUCAUUCAACACCCUCCGUGUGGGCCGCGUACCCCUGGUGGUACACAGCUUCCCUAACGUGCCCCAGCCUCUGUCUCUGGCCAAGAUGAAGACCAUCAAGCUCACCCUUGUCAUCACCUUCUUCUUCAUCGUCUGCCACGCCCCCUUCUCCGUUACACAGCUUUACCACGCCUUCUCUACCUCGCCACCAGGUCAGUAUACUCAGGUGUGUUGA